CCAGCGCCGCGCAGCGUCAGGCUGCGGCCAUGGCCAACUUGGCGGUGCGGGAGGAGCGGGCAGCUGCCGCAGCGGCCAGCCACAAUGCCCGCGCUGCACUGAUGGAGGAGCAUGGGGAGCGGGGCACUCGCUGGUUCCAUCGGCAGGCUGACGAGCCAGCAGCCGGCGCGCAGGAGCCCAUCACGCACUUGAAGGUGCCGGGGCAACCGGCGCCUGUGGCGCUCACGGGGCCGGGCACGCACAACACUGUCUCCGCAGCCGCCGCAGCCAUGUACAGCAGCACCAGCCCCACCGGCCUGUUCCGCGUGCAGCCGAGCGAGGGGUCCGGUGACGGCGCCCUCAGUGAUGCCGAGCUGAUGGCAGCGCUGGCUGGCUCCGCCAAUGGUAAAGCACCUGGGUCGGACGGGGUUCCGUACGAGGUGUACAAGGUCUUCUGGGCACUGCUGGGCCCGCGCUUGUGUGCUGCUGCUGCCGCUGCCUUUGUUGCCGCUGCAGACGCCCACGAUGGCGGCGAAAUGGCGGCGGCGCUGCCUGCUUCCUGGCGGGAGGGCAUCAUUACGCUCAUCUACAAGGGCAAAAGCCUGGACCGCGCCGAGCUGGCGGCCUACCGGCCCAUCACGCUUUUGUUUUGAGGAAUCAUCCUUACAAGG